AGUUAGCUCCGAUAGGAAUCAUGAAGCUAUUCAUUGCAUUGACUGCUCUUUUGGCUACCGCUGCUGCUGCCCCCAUGGAGGGUCGCAUCACCCAUGGCGAGGUGGCUCGCGUGGGUCAGUUCCCCUACCAGGUGGGAUUGAGCAUUGCUAUUGGCGAAUCUGGCGCCUGGUGCGGCGGCACCCUGAUCUCCAAACGCUGGGUCUUGACCGCUGCCCAUUGCACAGACUCUGCUGAUUCGGUGACCGUCUAUGUGGGCGCCACCAAGAUCAAGGAGGAGGAGCCCGGACAGCACCGCAUCCAUGUGGAGAAGAACGCCAUCAUUGUGCACGAGCACUGGGAUCCCAAGAUGGUUGUCAACGACAUUUCCCUGAUCAAGCUGCCCGCUGAGCUGGAGUUCAACGACCGCGUCAGAGCCGCCACGCUGCCCAAGAAGGACGGCCGCUACUCCACCUAUGCUGAUGAGCUGGCCAUCGCCUCUGGCUGGGGUCUGGACAGCGACAAGUCGAACUCUGUCUCGCCCGUGCUGCGCUACGUGGAGCAGCCCAUCAUGAGCUCGAGCAGCUGCAACAAGUACUGGAUGGGCCUCAUCACCGACAACGUCAUCUGCAUGAGCACCAAGGGCGGCAAGUCCACCUGCAGCGGUGACUCCGGCGGUCCUCUGGUCCACAAGGAAGGCGACAUCAACUAUCUGAUCGGUGCCACCUCCUUCGGUCUGUCUCUGGGCUGUGAGAAGAACUUCCCAGCUGUCUUCACCAGAAUCACCUCCUACCUGGACUGGAUCGAGGAGCACAGCGGUGUGGUCAACAAAUAGACUUCCACUGGAAUUCGUAUAUAAA